AUGUAUCUUUGGAAUCAGCUUGUGCUAGCGGUGUUUCCUUCAGUGCUACAGACAACUCUUGGGAAGAAUGUCUUGGAUCUUAGUGGUGAUGGAUGGACUGUCAGUAGCAAGGCACUGAAUAUUAGUGUCCCCGGCCGUGUUCCUUCGCAAGCGCAUUUGGAUCUUCUUGCUGCGAAUAUUAUUGAUGAACCCUAUUAUGGCUUGAAUGACUUCAACUUGCGUUGGGUUGCAGAAAACAAUUGGACUUAUACAAGUAACACAAUCGACGGAUUAUUAAACAACUCAAAAUCCUCCUGGCUGUUCCGGCAGUACAUUUUCAAUAUCUCCAAUGCGCUGAAAUAUUGCAACGGCCCUUCUAGCGUCUCUCUCGAGUUUGGAAGUGCCAUUAAGAGCGCGAAUGCAAUCGCCGCUGACCCCAAUUCACAAAGAUGGCCUAGCGGUGUUCAAGGAACCUUUGAGUUCCCUAACCGCUGGUUUAUUCGCAAACAACAGUCCGACUUUGGCUGGGAUUGGGGCCCAGCGUUCUCGCCUGCUGGGCCAUGGCAGAAUGUCUACCUGGUGCAGUCCGAGCGCGAGGAAGAACUUUACGUUGUAAACACAGGCUUUGACAUAUACCGAAAGGGCCAGAUCAAUCACCUUGCCCCGACCAGAGUCAGCCCUGGGUCGUGA